AGCGCAUGCGCAGUAGUCGCGGACGUGUGGCUCUGAUAGCCAUGAAUGGGGUGGUGGAGACGAGGGUCUGUGGAUUGUAUCCAGAUGCUAAAAGUACCUCAAUGGAGUUAUUUUUAUCGUAACUUUCAACACAAAUACACUCGACUGCUUUAAAUGCUUCACGUGAGUCAAUCUCGUCUGGCGUAACAGCGCUUUUGUUUUCAUCGCGGGGCUCGAAGCAAAUCACGGUUUCGUUUGUUUUCUAUCAAACAUGCCGAGGAACAACAAGUCGUCGCUGAUCCAGAAGAUAGCGAGCCAGGCUUAUGUGACCUUCACAAAUUGCUCUUCCUCUACCAUUGGAGACAAUAAGGUGUUUUUAGAGCAGCAGACAGAGUUGGCCGCCCUGAUCUCCGACAUCAGGGCUGCGGAUCUGAAGAUUGCGCCACCGAAGAAAGUCUCCAUAUCCUCCCCACAGUCCUCAGCAGUCCCUCCGGUCACAUACAUGCACAUCUGUGAGACUGAUGCCUUCAGCAUGGGAGUGUUUCUGCUGAAGCCUGGAGCUUCCAUCCCUCUGCAUGACCAUCCUGGGAUGAAUGGCAUGCUGAAGGUCCUAUACGGCAAGGUCAAUAUAAGGUGUUACGACAAGUUGGAUAAAGCUGUUGGUGCUGAGAGUGAAACUGAGAGGCAGUUUGAACCACCGCUGUUGCCUUUCCAGAGGGAUGAUGUGAGGAGAGCAGUGCUGAGGUCUUCCGGACUGUAUUCUGAGCAGAGCGGCCCUUGCGUCUUGACCCCUCUCAAAGACAACCUUCAUGAGAUUGAUGCAGUGGACGGACCAGCUGCGUUUCUUGAUAUACUGGCACCACCUUAUGACCCUGACGACGGAAGAGAUUGUCACUACUACAGAGUAUUACAAACUGCUGGCAAAAAGUCAGAGCAGAGCAGUGAAGAUGAAACUUGGCUUUUAGAGAUCCCCCAACCAGAUGAUUUCUGGUGCGGGGGUGAGCCUUACCCCGGUCCCGAAGUUUCUGUGUAGCGAGAUGAACACUGGAAUGGACUUGUAGCCUCUGACCGUGAUCCGUCCUUGCUCUAACUCAGAUGUGUAAAAAAUUUUCCUUGGGACUGCAAACACCACUACGUGAUUUUAAACGUCUAUUCCGAGCCUGUGCGCCCCAUAGGCUCCAUCAACACUUGUGGCCUUGUUUGUGAAUAAUGAAUGUAUACAUUGAAAAGCAUUUACUCUUGUAUAAGUGCACACUAUAUAUCUACAUUAAAUACUUGCUUAAUUUAUUUUAAAAGACUGUACACAAACACUAAUUCUUAUGUACUGCUUAUAUUUUUACUGUUAAAGUACUAUUAAAAUGAUUGUAAAUCAUUUUGACUUUGUCUUGAAGAAAAUUAGCUUCAUAAUUAUUUGUCAUUAAACAGACUUUGUUGUGUGUACCACUGUUACACUCAAACUUGAAAGUAGUGCUGCAAAAUGAGCACUGUUAUUGGCCAUUUGCCCAAGUCUGAUUAAACAAUAAUUAAGCUGACCCUUCAUAGCAGUUUUCCACUGCGCACAUUAAUAAGGUGAGAGGAAAGUGGGAAGCUAAAAAUUCUUAUCUGCUCAUCUUAAUGCGCGCACAAUUUGCUUAGUUUUGUUAUCACUAAUGAUAACGAUUCUGUAAAUUUGGAAUACGUUGUGCCGCAUACUUGAGUGAAAUCUGUUUUAAAGUCAGACUUUCGAUGUGAAUGUUAACAGACAUAUUAAUGUCUAAUGUGGCGUCUUGUUUCCCACGCAUUGGUAAAUAUAUGUCUGUAACAUUAAUGUACGAAGCAGGCUUGUGUCUCAGGCCUAGAAGUAAUCUUUUGUUUUCAUAAAAUGGAUUCUUACAUCAUUUCUUAGAUGCCGUUGAUGUUAGACAUUGUUCUUUCUUGCAUCCCUUAAGGGCUUUUUUUUAUUGAGCUGGCUCUGUGAACUGAACAGAAAGUUAUCAGAUGGUCCUUUGUUAAGCUCAGCUUAUGUUCAGUGCUGUUUGAAUGUGAAAUUCAAUUUAUUAAAUAUGUUUGUUAAUUAGCAUUUAAGUCUCUCAGCCGCUGAAUAGAGAGCUCAUGGACUGACAUGAACAGAACAUUAGUAAAGUAAAAUUUCCUGUGUUUUA